GUGACUUCACAUUGUCAACAUCCCGGUGACAUAAUCAGUCUCUCCAAAAUGGCGACGGUGGAUAACAGAGAAGCGGGUCAGGAUGACCCCGAGAGUGAAGAGGAGGUGUAUGAGGUCGUGGACCUGACAGAAUAUGCCCGGAGACACCAGUGGUGGUGCCGGGUGUUUGGGAACAACUCCGGGCCGAUUGCUGAGAAGUAUUCCGUGGCCACGCAGAUCAUGAUGGGAGGGGUGACUGGAUGGUGUGCUGGUUACCUUUUCCAGCGAGUUGGGAAGAUAGCUGCUACCGCUGUUGGAGGAGGUUUUCUUCUUUUACAGAUCGCCAAUCACAGCGGCUACGUGCAGGUGGAUUGGAAGAAGGUGGAGAAAGAUGUGAACAAAGCCAAGAAGCACCUGAAGAAGAAAGCAAACAAAGCAGCCCCUGAAAUAAACACAUUCAUUGAGGAGGUAAAGGCUACAGACUUCAUUAAAAGAAACAUCGUCCUCUCCAGCGGCUUCGUCGGCGGCUUCUUCCUGGGUUUGGCCUCCUAAAGCCGCGGCACACACUCCACUCACUUACUGUGAACUACAUGGGUCACUUCCCUCUACAUGGGACCUCUCAGCUCCACUUUUUUUCUGCACAUUACCAGGGAGUGUGGGGGGGGUUACUUUGAACAUUAUCGCAUGAUCUGUUGUGACAGUGGCAUUUACUGUGUUCCAUCUACUCCCUGGUGUCAAUCAAUACAUGCUAAAGGGUUCCCGAGGUGAGAUAUGUUUUGGGUGCUUGGAUUAAACUGUGAAGACUUUCUGGAUGUUGGCAUGUGUGGGCGCUGCUGUUGUAAAUAUAGCUGUAAAUACCCACACAUUAAAAAAAACAAUCUAACAUAAAGAAGAGGGAGGGCACCAGAGUGGGACCCCGAAUUGGUCGGGCCCUCGUUUAUAAAAUACAUAUCAUGAGCUUUAAUCUAAAUGUUCCAUCUGUGAAUAACCUCUAUUUUACACUGACAAAAUAUUAAACGCAGAUCCUUUAUUCCCAUAAUCCCUUGCUCCGGGGAGCAUCUGCUGCACCUUAAUUACCCCCAUCGAGAGCUGGACACCAAGAGACGCCAUAAAAGGGCGACGCUGCCGAGUUAUGUCCUCAUAUUAACCAUGUAGUGUCCACUGGAGUUGAUCACAAGUUGCUUUUUUUUUUUUUUGUUGCCUUUUGUUACCGAUGCAAUAUGUUACAGGUGUACGUUUUUAUUCAGGGUUUAAAGUGCUUGUUAUGUCUUUAACUGGCAGAUUGUGUGCUCAUAUUCCCUCAUUGUAAUGUUGUUAUUAGAGCUGUAUGAAGCAGUUCAGCGUCUCUUUCAAAAUAAAGCUGCGUGAUAUGUUUUGA